AUGGCAUCACACAUAACAUCCUACCUCCCCCCGGGAGACGGCCUCCUCCCAAAAUGGCUCCUCAUGGUCUCCGUAAUCGCCGUUACCAACUCCCUCCAAGCCUACAUCUCGCUCCGGCCCACCCAGCGCGUCUACGCCGGCGGCCGCCGUGGCCCCUCGCCCGUGACCCCCCUCUCCGCCCGCACCUUCGGCACCUGGACGUUCCUCUCCGCCGUCGUCCGCCUCUACGCCGCGUACAACGUGACCGACCGCCGCAUCUACGAGCUCGCGUUCUGGACGUACGGCGUGGCGUUCGCGCACUUUGUGAGCGAGUGGCUGGUGUUUGGGACGUGUAGGUUUGAUGCGGGGCUUGCGGGUCCCGGGUUGGUGAGUAGUGUGAGUUUGGUUUGGAUGUGGAGGCAGUGGGGGUGGUAUGUUGGGUCGAGUUAA